AUGUCUGGAAGUCUUUGUCAAGAGGCAAUUGAAAGAAACCAACACCUGGUCGAAGCAUGGGAGAAAAUGAUCAAUGAAAUUCCCAAUACUCACCGAAGAAAAAAGGACAUUACAAAAAAAAUAUCUCAAAACGCCAAGGAAUUCCAAAAAGAUAGUAUAACCAAGUGGAUAGAUAAGCACAGGCUAGAGCCAAUCGAAAAAAUAAUCUUCGACGCAGACACCCAAACCAUACCACCAAAGAAAAAAGAGACCUCCGAAAUGUCCACACAAACGAAGCCGUGGCACGGCACAUAUAUCCAGGAAAACCUAAAAUCCUUAGAGGGAAUUGAAGACUUGGAACAAUAUAGACAAGUCGAAGGCUUGAAGUGGGACCAGAGCCUGUUUAAGCAGACGGAAGUCAUCGUGGGGAACCCACUUGCCACAGGUGACCAGAUAACCAAGGUGGUGCUGAUUGAGUCAAGCGACAAGGAGAUGAGGUCUAGUAUUCAGAGUCGGCUGAAUAUGUUAGGAGGGGAACUCAGGAGAUGCAACUCGGUAUCAUUCCAUGACAAGAAAAAAAGAAAAAUUAUGGAAACUUCCAUGAUAGACUCUACAUUGGAUAUCUACAAGCAAAGAGAAAGUGUUGAAGCAUAUAUUAUAAAUGAAGCUAUCGAAAGGAACAAGAAACUGGUAGAAACUUUAGAAAAAAUUAUCGGGGAAAUACCAAACACCCAUAGAGGGAUCAAGGAUAUCACAAAACAAAUGGUACAAAACACCAAGGACUUCGAAAGAGAAUGUGUAGUCAAAUGGUUGGAAAAACACACUCUCGAGUCCAUCGAGAAGUUAACUUUUGACGCGGACACGCAAACUACGAGGCCUCUAAAGAAAGUGGAUACAGCCGAAAUGGCUACCCAGACAGAACCCUGGCAUGAACAAAUAACUAAGGUAAAAUCAGAGACGGACGGAGUACAACUGAGCACCAAAAAAAUCAUCAAGGUUCACAAUGACGGCACAACACCAGACAUAUGGGAGAAAUUGCAUAAGAUUAGGGAAGAGACUCUGAUGGAUGGAAAUGUGGCAAUCCAUCACAUCAAUAACACCACUCCAGAGAACCUACAAAAAAUGACCGAAACCAUCUUCAAUAAGACAAAUACCAAAGUGGCUAUUUACACCACCGCGACCAAUAGAGAAGCCGAAAAGACUAGAACGACAUAUGGAAUGAUUAUUAGCGACGGGGAGAAAAUCUAUAAGGAAGUUCUAAGCAGGGUCAAGAAUAUAGUUGGAAAAAACUCAUCAGUCAAAGCCAUCAGGGAGCUCAGGAGCACAAAAGACGGAAAACUAUUACUUACCAUAGAGAAAGACCAGACAGCCUUAAAGAAUCUACAUAAUGCCCUGGCAGAAAGCACGACGGGCCUAAAAACAAGGAGGAUAGGCAUGGAAAAGAGCACGGCAUUACACCUCAGAGGGAUGGAAGCAGACACCACCCUGGAAGAUAUUAAACUGUCAAUUACAGAAAUCAUCGGCAAAUGGGAAGAGGAAAACAAAAUAAGCGAACUCCGUCCACUUAACAAUGACACAUUAGCGGCAACUAUCACACUAAGUGCAAAUGAUGCAGAAAAAGUUCUAAAAGAAGGUCCCAUAAGGAUUGGGCUAGUCAAAUGUAAGGUGGAAAAGAGACUGAACAUUAGGCGAUGCCAAAGAUGCUGGUCGCACGACCAUUAUUCUGACGCAUGUAACGGCCCGGACAGAUCAAAAAACUGCUUUAAAUGCGGACAGAGUGACCAUAGCUCAAAGGAUUGUAAAAAAGAAGAAGCAUGUCCAUUAUGCACUACAUCAGGACACAAAAUGGGUACCAUGAAAUGUCCAAAAUUCAAAUUCGCAUUAAAAAAUGGCAGACUCGAAGAAAGAAACAAGAAUUCCACGGUUACGACGACCUGA